GUAAGAUCAGUUGAAGGUGGCGCGUUGCGCUCGACGGUUGUCGCUAUUCUGGUUCUCGCUCAAGUUCUCCGAACUCUUGGAACAGCUGGGUAGUCUGGUCUGGCCUGGCGCAUAAAGACGCGAUAUCGGUCAAGUUCAGACGAGGAAGACGACGACGCGGCGAUCACUCAAUUAGCCUCGCCGUGAGGGCGCGUGAAAUUCACUUUUAAAUUUCCCCAACUCGAUUUUCACAUACACAAAUCGCUUUUGUUACGAUUCUCGCGUGUGCUUGUUUGAAAAGGAAUUUGUCACAGUGCCAAAAGAUGAGCAUCUCGGCGGUGGACCGCAAAGAGCAGGCCAGUGUGAGCAGCGGUCUGGGUAGGCGAUACGGGCAGCUGCUCCGUGGAGCCAAGUACACAGAUUGCGUGUUCCACGUGUGCGAGGAGCUGGUGAAGUGCCACAAGCUUAUCCUGAGCUCCGCCAGUCCCGUUUUCGAGGCAAUGUUCUUUGGUCCCAUGCAAAACAACGAGCCCGAGCCGGAAAUCGAAAUCCACGACAUAAGCUCAGCUAUCUUCAAGGUGCUGGUGGAGUACAUCUACACGGGCGUCGUUGACUACAAUAGUCUGGAGCUGGUGGCCUGCAUAGAGCUGUACUACGCGGCUGAGAAGUAUCUGCUGGAGGAGUUGAUCGCCGACACGCUAAUGGCCAUCACCCGCAAGCUACGCUUCGCCAAUAUCUUGCCCGCUCUGGAGCUAAGUGUUUGCAUGGGCCUCGACGGACUGCUGGAGGUCUGCAUGACCUUCUUCAUGCGAUGCUGCGUUAAUAAUGGACAGUAUAUGAGCCACCUUAAGGAGCACUAUGUGCACGUGUCCAAGGAGUGUGUGAAGGCAAUCAUAGCGGCGUGCAAGGAGCCGCACAAGCUGCUCAUCUGGUAUGUUUAUGAGUGGACACGCCAGGAGUGCGAGCAGUUGGGCCUGGGUCCCAGCGAUGCCGACUUAGUAGUGCACGACUUGGGUGGCAAAUCAAGCGAUUGGCCAGUGGCUUCGGGUGCUAGUGAUUUGGAAUCACCAGCCCUAGCUCCGGUGGUUUUAGUGGAGCGUUGCUAUUACAAGGCCUGCAGGCCCUUUACAGUGGAUGCAGAAUCUCCGCUGUUUCGCUUGCGUCUAAAGUGCUCUAGAUUUAUCUCCUUGAUGGGCUUGGUCCUGAACAGCAGGAUGACUCCCAACCUAUUGGGUCACGUCCAGCAGCUGGAGUACCGCGAAUCGCUGCGCCUGGACCUAUGCGAGGUGCCCGCUGAAAGCGAUGGUCCGGCCACGGCGCCCGUGUGGAGUCACGUUGUCCAGGGCCAGAAUACGAAGUACAACUGCAACCUGCAUCUUGGCUGGCGGCGCGAAGAGGCCUGUGUGCUCAAUCCGGAGCUGACCUAUGAGCUUCAGAUCCGCUGGGACAGCAGUGCUUACGGCGCCGAGUAUCCGUGCAGCCUGCAGUCCUGCCAGGCGGACGGAAUCCGCUUCACCGACGAGGACAGCUUCAGCGGAAGUCUCGUCAAGGGACUGCGCUAUGCCAACCUGGUGUAGUCGCUCCACCCGCGAUAUCCUAAUUAGUUAGUCCGUAAGACGUGUAUGUAUUUAUUGCCCUAAGUUAAUGUACGCUGCCUCAGAGUUCAAUAAACUGUGAGUAAUAUCGCUUCAAACACAA